CCUUCUUCUCCAUCAAUUUCUGGACCAAGGGAGCGAGUCUUGUUAAAUACAAACAUGGCAUUAACCUGUACAUCGGAAGGAUUUUACCCAAAAGAUGUCAGUGUUAUCUGGUGGCAGAAUGGGGCUGAGAUUAAAGAAUCCAUGCAAACUGUUAGUUUAUAUGGAGCAAACAAGACAUACAAAGUACAAAGUAGCAUCACUGUUCCAGGAAAAAUAGACUCAACUGUUACCUGCAGAAUUAAUCACAUAGCAUUACAGCAGCCUAAGGAGUCAAUCUUCAACAUGAAUGAUUUAUUGAAAGGAAUGCCUUCUCUUCCAUCAAUUUCUGGACCAACAGCUCAAAUAGUGCUUAAUACCUAUGUGAUCUUAAGCUGUGCAUCAGAAGGAUUUUAUCCACAAGAUAUCAAUGUCACCUGGUUACAGCAUGACAGGGAGCUUCAGGGUUCCACAUCAGAUAUACAUUUAUAUGGCCAAGAGAAGACAUACCGAGUACUAAGUCACAUCAUUGUCCCAGCAAGAAUAGACUCACCUGUUACCUGCAGAAUUAAUCAUAUAGCAUUAGACCAACCUGUACAUUCAACCUUUGAAAUGAAUAGUAUUGUGAAAGGAGCACCUUCUCAUCCCUCAGUUUAUGGACCAGGAGCGAGAGCUCUGCUUAAUACAAAUGUGACAUUAACCUGUACAGCAUCGGGUUUUUAUCCUUCAAAUAUCAGUGUUACCUGGUGGAAGAAUGACACCGAGCUUCCUAUUCCUAAAACAGAUGUAAAUUUAAAUGGAGAAGACAAGACAUAUCGAGUACAGAGCAACAUCACUGUUCUAGCAGAAAUAGAUUCAUCUGUCACCUGUAAAAUUAAUCACACAGCAUUGGACACAGCUAUACAUUCAGUUUUCAACAUAAAUGACAUUGUAAAAGUUGGAAGGGUGUCGUAUAGUGCCAUUAUUGGAACAGUGCGUCUCAGUUUUGGAGGUUUACUUCUUGGAGUUAUUGUUUUUCUAUGUUAUCAUGAAAUGAAAACAAAGAUCAAUAUAGAAAAAAAGACAGAGGAAGAAAUGUGAAAAUGUUCCAGACAGAAGCGUUAAACUUUGAUUAGAAGCUGAAUGUAGAUUUUGUAUGUGCUUAUUAACACAUUUGCAGAGAUUUCAGUAUGCAAAAAUGAUUUCCAAAGUAUAUUUCUGUUGUUGAAUUCAAAUGUGUUCCUAGCAACUUAUUAUAUAAGCAAAGCUAAAAAAAACUA